ACUCGGUAUACGCGAUAUUCUCUCUGCGCGACGUUCGAUUAGUUAUAGCGUUGGAAAAUACAGGGUGUCCUAGUUCUCAUGGCACGGGAAUGGGAAGGAGGGUGAUCCUGUGUGGAGAGGAAUGCGCCAAAAAUGAAAAAUUAUUUCUUCGCAUAGAAUCAAUCGCUUCCCGAAUGUUAGCCACCGACACAGCCUGUGCUCCAUGAUCUCUUUUUUCGUUCGGCGAUCCCUCAUGGUUGUUUGAUGAGUUCGAAACGGACGAAAUGUUAUUGGAGAAACGAUGCAUCUCCGACGGGGCAGAGAGAGAGAGAGAGAGCAGU